GCCGACUGAUCCAAAGGAGGAGGUGGGAAGUUUCACCAUUGAACUUUUUGGGGCUUUUUUCCCCAGUGACCUGUUGAACAUUCGAAGGGGACCGAUAUAGUUUCACGCCGACCUGAUGAUAUGGAAGUCCCCGCCAUAAAUUUAAAGGCAAUAGUAUUUGUGCACUGGCUGCUGACUGUAUGGGGAUGUAUGGCUUGGCUACCCAACUCUUAUGUUUGGGGGAACUUCACCGUGCUAGCAGUUGGUGUAUGGGCCAUUGCUCAGAGGGACUCGAUCGAUGCCGUGCUGAUGUUCCUUGUUGGGAUGUUUCUGACGAUAAUGACUGACGUCGUCCAUUUUGGGAUUUAUUAUCCAAUGUCAGAGGUCCUAUUGGAAAGGGGCAGGGAAACUUUACGUUUCAGUGUGGGCAUGGCCAUCCUCAACCUACUUCUCAAACCUGUGACCUGCUUUUUUGUCUACCAAAUGUACCGUGAGCGUGGAGGAGAUUACAACGUCAACUUUGGUUUCCCCACCAUCACACGAAACAGAGAUGCCUAUCAGUCCAUUGACCCCCAGGACCAGUCUACCUCAGGCAAUCCCUUCAGCCAGGCCCAGGACAGCAAACCUGCAGCCCAGUCCUACUAACAGAGCUCAUGUCCAUGUCAUCUCAUGCAACAGGAUUUCACUAAUUUUUCUUUUUCCAUUCCUAAUAUGUUGAUAUGAUGUUGUUGUACAUUGGCUUGAUAAUUUGUUCCUCUUUUUUCUCCCCCAUUUGUAGUGCAGGCUUCACAAGAACGGAGCACUGUCUUAAGUUGAGAGAAAGGUUCAGAAUUUCAGAGGCGUGCUAUAUUCGGAGGAUAUCUGCCACGUAUUUGUGAGCCGGUCAGUCACAAGUUUCAUGUGCCACAUUCCCCUCACAGUUCACAAUGGUUCGAAUCAAUAUGGAGAAAAUACUGAUUGAUAUAGUUGCUUGUUGAUGCUAGCUAAUUUCCAUAAAUUAUGAUUAUCAACAGACUGUAUGAGAGCAGAUUAGCUGUGUUGUGGUAGUUUCUCCUAAAAGUUUGAAGGUUGUUGCAUUUGCUGAUAGUGGCUACUCCGGCUAGUAUGUUUUGAUACAAACUCACUUUUUUACAUGGACAAUCAAGACAUACCACAGUAAAAUAUUAAUUCUUAACAUCAUAACUAAUUUUUUAAGAGAUAAAGAGGGCUACGUGUAAUGCUAACUACAUUUUCAUGCCCCAGUGGCACACUGCUGCUGAAUAAAUACAGAGGAACCCGUUCUCUGCUGCUUCUAUGCUACAAGGUCAGUGUUCAUUUUACAAGCGGGUCAUAUGUUGCUAUAAGCAGUUGUUGAGGAUACUUUUGUCUGCUAACUUUUUUAUUUGCAAAUCAGUCUACCUUUUGAAUGCAGCACUUGCAGACAUCUGUCCUUUGUGUUGCUCUUUGUGUUCUAUACAUAAUUUGUGCCCAUGUUGCACUAUGUGUGUUUUUAUGGCUCUCAAAUUCAUCAUCAGUUCACGGCACCACCAUAGUGCUUAGAGUCCAAGUCACUCGCAAAAUUCAUGGGAUGACUAAGACUGGGUUUCCUUUUCAAGUGGUUACUCAGACAUUGCUCUGCACACAGCCUACGUGAUGUUUGGAAGAUAUGAUGAAAAAAAAAAUCAUGGCUGCAUCACUGGCUAGCGAUCAUAGUCAUGUUCUGAUCAUGCACAUAAAAUAAUAGUCAAGUCCCUCUCACAGACCGGACUAAAACCUCAAGAGAGGCAUACCUCUAUUGAGGUGUAUUAAUUCUUCUGUACAUCUAGUAUGUGAUUGUCAUUCCAUGCAGUGGUGGUGCAUCAAUUUGUUGUCGACAAGAUGCUAACCCUUGUUGAUGCUUUUCUAUGCAACUUUUAUGUCAUGAAAAAUUGAUAAUACAUUUUUCAUUGUACAAAAAAGUGCUGUAGGAGUCAACUCAAAGUGUCAAGUAUUUAUUGUAAGAUCAACACAGUCAAAUGGUUUACUUACUUUUCUUUGUAGUUUUUAUCCCUGGCGUGAAGGGAGUUAAGACGUCCAUAAGCCCAUGGCCUAUCAGUCGCUAUAAACUGCCGAAAACAUCCAUUUAAAGAUGUCAUGUAGUCUUGUAUUAAGUUAAAUCUUGGUUUUCUUAUAAAGUGUCACAAAUAUCUGCCAAACAGGUGAUGUAAUUUCACACAAUUUCCCGUUUUGAAGAUGUCCUUGAACAGUACUUGGAAAUUAGCCCGCAUUAGAGAAACCAUUCAAGCGAGCUGAUUCUUUCAUAUUAGAAAUAAGUAAAAUGAUCUUCCACACUUUGCAGAUUUUUCUUUUUUUGAAGAAGAAGAAAAAUAAGAUUUUAAGGCUCGACACUAUAUUCAAUGAUGUAAGAUGCUCUUUUCUUGUGUACCCAGCACUAAAGUUGCACUACUUCAUGUAUUUAUGCAUUUCUUCAUGUAAUCUGUCGGUUACUCAUUUUAUGCUGUACAUUUUUACAGCUGUUUUUCUGUUGCAUAAUGUUCCCACUGUAGAAAGUGACAGUACAUUGAAGCUUUACAUUUUUUACAGGUAAAUGUUACAAAAAUAUUUUUGAAUAUUUAAUGGUUUAUUUACAGAUAUUGGAGCAGUUGUCCGUGUUCAUGAAGUGCACAUAUUCCAUACAAUUUUAGCCAUGGUCCUUACAGUGUGCUGAGUGUGAGUAUUUAUAGCUUGUAUCUUCCGGAGAGCGAUUGCAUCACUUUAAGUUUUCCUCUGCAAAUUAAUGUUUCUCACAAGGUUGAUGUUCCUGUUUCAGUCACAUGUUCAGUGACAAAUCAGAGAUGUGGUAAGCACCAUGCUGUACACAUCAUGCCUUUUUUUCUGAUCAUAGAUUAUACACCAUUGCAAUGUCUUAAAGAUCUUUUAAUUUUAUGCAUACAAGCAAGCUUAGCCUGACUGUUACAGGUGAUAUGACACAUGCAAUUUGACAGACCCCAUACAAGUACUAUGAGUGAAUAUGUUAUCAGCAUGUGUGGCCCUAGUCAGAAUCAAGCGCUCAACCCUGAGAGAUAGUGAUGUCUGUUAGCUGCAAAAGCACUUUCUACCAUAUCCUUACACUUAAUCCAAUGUGCACUUCGGUCAUUUAAUGUUAGUAGUUGUCAAUUUUAUGUAGUCGGUGUGGGAGGAGACUGCCAAUAGAAAGGGAUAACCUGCUUUCCACUGUAAUUCUGUCGUCUUCCUUUGUAGAGCGUGGUAAUACCCUGACAUAAGGCAGAUCCUUCCACCCAUUUCAAGCUUGAGUCGCAUGAUCAAGAUGACAUUGUGGAACAAUUUGAGCCUCAGUAGACUCAAGUAAAAUUCUUGCGUUGGUAUGGGUACCCUGAUAAGAUGGACAUUUUCUUUGAUUGGUUUUUGUAGAAAAUUGGUACAAAUGCUAUAACUGUUAAAAAAACGUUUUCACUUAGCUGAAUGGAUAGGCCUGGAUGAAAAAAUGGGCCCAAGUUAUCAACAAAGCACAAUAGCUUCGUAUUGUUUUACUAAGUACAGAUCUCAAACUAGUUGAAAUGCUCGGUUUACGAAUGAUUAUUUUUUUUGUGUGUUUUUUUUCCCUAAGAUUUCAAUGUGAAGGUGUGCAAUGCUGACUGAUUUAAAGUUUAUCCGGCAAUAUGUUUUCUUACAAAUAAAGAGAAUGUCUGUC